GUAUCAGUUGUGAAUUGUGAUCGUCGACCAGAAUCCUGUGAAGUGCUUCUGGCACAAUUAUUGAAAUCCUACACAGAAUCUUCUCCAAUCUUCAUGGAUGGAAUUUUAGCUACUCCGGGACUCGCUAAUGCAAGUUGCCCAAGUAACUAGUCAAACCCACUUGGUAGCGUUGCUUUCACGGCCCAAGCCCAUUAAAAAUUGGCCGGAACUCUCACUUCCGGCGUCGUUACUCCGCCGUUGUUUCGCCGUCGUUUUUUAUACUGUGUGUUUGGGUAAGUCAGAGUGCAAGAAGGUUCUGCGAUAGUCUGGAUUGCGAGCAAUGAAUAAUCUGAAGUUGUCAUGGGAGGUUUGGUCGGGGGUGCGGUUGCAAGGUCAGAAGGGAGAUGAGUUCAUCAGACUGUCCACAGUGGACAUGGAGCGCAACCGCCUCUUCUUGUCUUCCUCCGCCAAUUUCAUUUACUCUACGGAACUUCCUUCACCACAGGUUGAAGGAUCCAGGGACAACAUCAUGGCGCCUGCCUCUGUUCAGCUGAUUGAUUUAGAAAGUGGAGAUGCUAUAACUUGUUUGGAGUAUCUUAUGGAAAAGGAAGCCUUGCUCAUUGCAACUUUGAAAGGGUUUCUCUUGCUUCAUUCUGUCAAUGAUAAUACAACUGAAGUUGUUGGUCAGGUGGAGGGUGGUGUUGGGUGCAUUUCACCUAGUCCUGAUGGAGAUUUACUUGCUGUGGUAACUGGUUUUGGACAGAUCCUUAUGAUGAAUCUUGACUGGGAUGUGUUAUACGAGAUGCCACUUGAGGAUUCACAUGAAGCCCUUGACGUAAAUGAUUCAUUGUCUUCUGCUGAUGGUUCAUUUGAGGCUUCUAUUUCAUGGAGAGGUGAUGGAAAAUUUUUUGCAUCACUGAGCAAGGUGAAUGAUACCUUUUCUCCUUGUAAAAAGCUUAAAGUUUGGGAACGUGACUCAGGUGCCCUUCAGUCUGUCUCUGAACCAAAGUCAUUCAUGGGUUCAGUUUUGGACUGGGCCCCAAGUGGAGCUAAAAUUGCUGUUGCUUACGAUCAAAAGGAAGAAAUUAAAUGUCCGUCUAUAGUUUUAUUUGAGAAAAAUGGCUUGGAGAGAAGCUCAUUCUCUAUUAAUGAGGGAAUAGGUGUGACCUUAGAAUUUCUCAAGUACAAUUGUACCUCAGAUCUUCUUGCUGCUGUUGUCAGGGAUGAAGCAUUUGACACCCUCAAAAUAUGGCACUUAAGCAAUAACCGCUGGUACUUAAAGCACGAAAUCAGAUAUCCAAAGGAAGAUGGAAUAAAGUUUAUGUGGGAUCUGAUGAAACCAUUAAGGUUGACUUGUUGGACUCUUGAUGGGCGAGUUAUAACUUACAAAUUUGUUUGGCUUUCAGCUGUAAUGGACAACUCAAUAGCAUUUGUCAUUGAUGGAUCAAAAGUACUAGUAACCCCAUUUAGUUUGUGCUUGAUUCCACCUCCUAUGUACUUUCUUGGCUUAGCAUUUCCUAGUGUGGUUCGGGAUCUUGCUUUCUGUUCCAGAACUUCCCAAAAUCAUCUGGCAGCUUCUCUGUCAGAUGGAAGUUUGUGUGUUGUGGAACUUCCAGUGCUUGAUCAAUGGGAUGAUCUGGAAGGCCAGACAUUCAAAAUAGAUGCUUUACAUCUUGGUAAAGACUACACAUCAUUGCAGCACCUUUCUUGGUUGGAUUCACACAUUCUACUUGGUGUGUGCCAUCUUGGUUCUGGUCAUGGUAACACAAGCAAGCAGGCCUCCUGUGAGGGAGAUACUCGUCCAGGUUAUUACCUUCAGGAAAUUAAGAUAAGAUGUUCUGAGGAUCGUAUUCCUGGAUCCGUAACAUGCUCUGGAUGGCAUGCUGAAUCCUUACAUCAGAUUUAUGUUGAUGGGGUUGUAAUCAGUAUGGCAUCAAAUCCUCUUAAGAGGUACUCCGCAUUUGUUCAGUUUGAUGGCGGGAAAGUGUUUGAAUAUGUGUCAAAGUUUGGUUUGAACAGAGGGUUUGGUCUUGAGAGAUGUGAUGACAUGGCUUUCCUGUCAUCCUGCCCAUGGAUUAACAUCGCCCCUGUUGGAGACUAUACACGAGAGAGACCAUUGCUUUUUGGCCUUGAUGACAAUGGAAGACUCUGUCUAGAGGGAAAAGUUAUCUGUAACAAUUGCAGUAGUUUUUCAUAUUACUCAAAUUCUGGCGAUGGGAUGAUAACACAUUUGGUUCUUUCUACCAAACAGGAUCAUCUAUUUAUUGUUGAUAUUGAUGAUAUUCUGAAGGGACAACUGGAACAGUACGAAAAUUUCCAUCCUGUCCCAACAAUGAAAAGAAGGGAAGAAAAGGAGAAUGUAUUUAUAAAUAUAUGGGAAAAGGGAGCCCAGAUUGUUGGUGUUGUCCAUGGGGAUGAAUCUGCCGUCAUACUGCUGACAACCCGAGGAAAUUUGGAGUGUGUGUAUCCCAGGAAGUUAGUCCUUACUUCAAUUAUUAAUGCCUUGGGUCAGAGGCGCUUUAAAGACGCCUUACUUAUGGUACGCAGACAUAGAAUUGAUUUUAACAUCAUUAUUGAUCAUCAUGGUUGGCAAACCUUUAUCGAGUCAGCUGCAGACUUUGUUAGACAGGUUAACAAUUUGAGCUAUAUAACAGAACUUGUUUGUGCGGUUAAACAAGAAAAUAUUAUGGAGACACUGUACAAAAACUAUGCUUACCUGACUCGCAUUAGUGGCACCGAAGGUUCGACAUGUGGAGCUUCAAACAGGACUAAUGCUGAAAACAAGGUGAAUGCUGUCCUUACGGCUAUACGAAAGUCUCUUGAAGGGCAAAUUGAGGCGACACCUGCUAGGGAGCUCUGCAUUUUGACAACAUUGGCUAAAAGUAAUCCCCCAGCUUUGGAGGAGGCUUUGAAGAGAGUAAAGGUUAUCCGGGAGAAGGAGCUCUCUGGAGUUCCUGAUCCAGAGCAAGCUUUGUAUCCUUCUUCUGAAGAAUCUUUGAAGCAUUUGUUAUGGCUUUCGGAUUCUGAGGCAGUUUUUGAAGCUGCUUUAGGUCUUUAUGAUUUGAAUCUCGCUGCAAUUGUUGCAUUAAAUUCACAGAGGGAUCCGAAAGAGUUUGUGCCGCUUCUUCAAGAAUUGGACUCCAUGCCGAAACUUUUAAUGCAGUACAACGUCGACCUUAAAUUAAAAAGGUAUGAGAGUGCAUUGAGGCACAUCGUUUCUGCCGGGGAUCCUUAUUAUGAAGAUUGCCUGAAUCUAAUGGAGAAAGUCCCACUGCUUUAUCCAUUGGGCCUGCAGUUGAUUGGCGACCCUCAUAAGAGGAAGCAAGUUCUUGAAGCAUGGGGCGAUCACCUCCAUGCUACAAAAUGCUUCGAGGAUGCUGCUGCCACUUAUUUGUGUUGCUCCAAUUUGGAAAAGGGAUUAAAGGCUUAUCGUGCUUGUGGUAACUGGAUGGGUGUUCUAACACUUGCCGGUCUACUCAAGCUUGGAAGGGAUGAUCUUUUACAGCUGGCACGCGAGCUCUCCGAUGAACUUCAGGCACUUGGUAAACCAGGGGAUGCGGCAAAAGUGCUUAUAGAGUAUUGCAAUGAUAUUGAUAAUGGAAUUAACUUGUUGAUCGAAGCAAGAACUUGGGAAGAAGCUCUACGCGUUGCUCUCUUGCACAGAAGGGAUGAUCUCAUUGUCGUAGUGAAGAAUGCCGCUGUGGAGUGCGCAAGCACACUUAUUGGCGAAUACAGCGAUGGAAUAGAGAAAGUCGGCAAGUACUUGACCCGAUACUUAGCUGUCCGCCAGAGAAGAUUAUUACUUGCUGCAAAAAUUAAAUCUGAUGAACGGUCAAUCGGGCACUUAGACGAUGAUGCUUCUUCACAAGCUAGCAGUAAUUUUAGCGGAAUGAGUGCAUACACCACCGGAACAAGGAAAGGGUCGAGUGCUUCUACAACCAUCAGCACAUCCACAAAGGGAAGAGGUCGACAACGGAACAGGGGAAAAAUCAGGGCCGGGAGCCCUGACGAGGAGAUGGCUCUAGUCGAGCAUUUGAAAGGGAUGUCUCUUGCUGAAGGCUCAAAGUGCGAGCUCAAGUCCUUGUUAAUUUCUCUCGUUAUGCUCGGGGAGGAAGAAGCAGCGAGGAAGCUGCAGCGUAUAGCUGAGAAGUUUCAACUGUCGCAAAUUUCCUCGGUGAAGUUAGCUGAGGAUGCAAUCCCCACGGACAACAUCGAUGAGCAUGUCUUCGCCUUGGAUCAUUACAUCGAAAAGUCGCGGAAACUAGUCGAGGUAUCAGAUGCAUUCUCUUGGCGAUCCAAGGUACUGAUCUGAUCUAAACCCUUUUUAGGAGGAAUUUGUUUCAUUUGAGCAUUUUUGAGAAGGUAAUUUUGGAUAUGAAUAUUGCUUAGGGAGUUAAUCUGCCAAAUAAAAAAAAAAGGUUGUUUUUGUUCGCACACGCAUGUUCAAAAGCUUUGAAAUUUUGCUGUGGUGAUAUUUUGGUAAUUAGAGGUAGGAGUGGAGAUAAUUUUGUAAUUGAAUAUGAAUUACAUAGAUUAUAAAUGCAAAAAAGCUAUUUAGUAUAAUAAUUUUAAAUGAUAAGUGAGACAGUAUUACUACAUUUGGGACUAAAGAGAUUAUUUCAAU